CUGUGCUCAUCAAUACUCAAUAGGUUAUUUUGCGAUCUCCUUGCCGCUACAAAGCGCACCCUUUUCUUACCAGUUUAGCUUUAUUUAAACGUUGCUAGUCGUUGUAGUUUAAAUCGUAUACGUCUGAAUUACCUUUGCAUUUUUGAAGAUCAGUAAAAAACCAAAGAAUAACACAGAAGGUAGCAUUAGUUGUGAGGAUGAUCGUGGAAAAUAAGGUUCACUCAACUAAUGAAUCCAGCCUGCCGGAAGCAGAUAAAGGACCGGUCAGUAGUGAUGAUUUGCUAGAGGAGUUGACCCGAAACCGGAGUUGGAAGUAUACAGCUCUGAUAAUGUCACUGAUGUUGAUAUGGACGGGACAAACCGUAAACAUUUAUUUAACUGCAUUCGCAGGUAUUGACCCAACCCCCGACGAUAUUUGGAAAUGCAAAUCCGAAAAGUGUCUUGAAUUGACAAGAGUUAAUCCAUCAUUACUUCAAAAAUUUCCUUGCAAAAUCACGGAAGAAGUAAGUGGCAAAGAAGAGCUAAUUUUUGGACCUUCGGACAUAGAAUGGAGUCUUGAGCAUACCUCAUUUUCUGUGGAGUUUGAUUUGUACUGCGAUGUCGGAUCCCGAAAGGCACGGAAAACCCUGUUAUCGUCAAUUUUGUUUGCUGGAGGAUUGUUGGGGUUUAUUCUAGGUGGUUACUUGUACGAUAAUAUUGGAAGAAAAAAGACAGCCAUGAUUGGCAUCUUCAUCGGAGCUUCUUCACAUCUAUUGGGGACAUUUUGUCAUGACUACAAAUUACUCUUAGCAAUUAGGUUUUUCAUUGGCGUUGGUAAUAUUUUAGCUUCCGAUGGGAUGUACAUUCUCACAGCGGAGCUUAUUCCAUCCAAGCAUAGGAACAUCACGAACGGUUGGUCAGGGUGUUUGGCUUCAUUUGGUUACUUCAUUGCAGUAGGAAUCGGCUACUUCAUAAAAAGCUGGAACAACAUGUUUUUAGCAACGUCAAUAAUGAUGUGGCUCAUAGCAUUACAAAUCUUUAUCUGCCCAGAAUCGCCCAGAUUCUUUUUGAUAAAAAAUGAUGUGAACGCAGCCAAGAAAGUCUUCAAAACCUUAGCAAAAUUGAACAGCAUAGACUUGGAUCUAGAAAACAUCCAAAUUAUAGACGUCGGAAAGGCUAAAGAUAGAAACCAUAAUUUCAAGCAGCAACUGACCGAAUUUAUUCGGUACCCGAGUCUUCGACUUGAAACGAUAAUACUCAUGGCCCUGUGGCCAUCUGUUGCUAUGUUUUAUUGUGGUUUCAGUUUUGGUUGGGGAGAGAUAUUGCCAGAUAUAUACUCAGGGUACAUUAUGGCUGGUGUGGGAGAAGCAAUAUCUUCUUUAACGUGCGUCUCUUUUACAGGCUGGCUGGGAAGAAGAAGGGCCAUGGUAGUCAUGUUUCUCGGGGCUGCUCUGACUUACCUCAUAGCGAUUCCAAACGUGGAAUUUGGAAGUGGCUGGACAAUGGAAAGUGUCAGCUGUUUGAUCGGAGUCAUAUUUGUUACCGGAGCAUACGCGGGGCUGUUUCUCUGGACUGGAGAAAUAGCACCAACAACACACAGAGGUCUUGUGUUCAGUAUUUGUUCUGGUAUUUCCAGAGUUGGCUCCUUCAUAGGUCCGUUCAUAUUCAACAAUUUGGCACCCAUCACUCACAAAGCGGUACCUCUCGGGGGCCUAGCUUUUAUUUCGGUCCUUUGUAUGCUGGGAUCAUUUCUGCUGGUCGAGACUGGAAACGAGCGGAUACCUCUCACUGGACAAGAUGUCGAGGAAAGAAGAAGGGACUACAAGUACAAAAUCUAGGAUAUAAUAUGUAAAUUUUCUACGAGUGUCAAAUCUCUCUAUGCCGUGCCACUUGACAGGUUAUCAGCUGUGAGGCUACAGAGUACAGAAUACAGAUACGUUUUUCAUACCUUGCACUUUUUGCUUCCCCAAGAUGCCCGGUGUAAAAAGGUUUCACUAAGUAGAACAUGACAGGACUCAACAGUUUUAAUUUGGAAAAUCAUAUUCGUUGUCAUAUUCUGAUUCAGAAUAUUUUUUAUAACAACUGACAAUUUUAGGUGAACAGCCAGCCACUAAGGAGUUCAUUUUAGAAUUUUGUAUCUUUUAACUGUCAGUACAAACAAAGUAUGCAUAUUAUGGUGUUUCUGUAAUAAUAUACUUUAUAGUUUAUAUUACUUAUUUGACAAUUUCUGUCG